AUGACUGCCGCUGUCGAAGCAAUCGAUAUCGACGACGACGAGCGCUACUCGAACGACUCCUUUCCGGACGACUUCGAGAGCGACAGCUCGAGCAAUCCGUACCACGCAGUGAACAUGAAGGAAACUGCUGGGUUUGAUGUGCGAUCCGCGUCAGGAGGCCAUGCGGCCGCCGGUGCGAGCAUGCCGAUGGGUGCGUCGAGCAACUCAGCCACGUUUACCUCCAGCUCAGACACUCCACGGAGUGCACGCAGUUCUCGAAACUCCUCUGUGCUUCACAGCCCGACCAAAGGAGCGGUAGACUUGGCAGGUGCCGGUAAAGGCGUUUCAUCCACUCCCCUGUCGACCUCAGCGUUGUCGUGCUUGUCGCCAUCCCAGCAGAGCCCCAGUCCCAGUAGAUCUGCCUACUCGAGAGCUGAUGCCGCAGCCUCUGAGCAAGGCAUUUGCCCCGCGUAUCACUCCGUGUACGAGGAUGACAGCUUUGCCUUGCCAGCGGAUCGAGUGUUCGACGAGCAGGAGCGGCUUGCCGACGGUUGCGUGAGCGAAGCCCAUUCGCGCAGCGGACGUUUUUCUGCCGACCAGAGGAGUGCUGGCGAUACGUGUGCGCGCAUGGCCCGUUACCCUGGCGACUCUCCGCGCGAGUAUGUGUCCACCAACGUGUCGGUUGCCGAGCACUGCGGCCUUCAGCGACCUGGCAUCCCGGAAACUGCUGAGGAGCUUCUCAUGAUGCAGGAGGAGAACGCCUGCCUGCGGGAAGAGCUCUUUCAGCGCAGUCGCGAGCAUUACCACGCCAGCUUGUCACAAUGUAUUAAAGGUGGCAGCACUUUUGAUGGAAAUCGCACCAUCGGUGGCCCCGGGGCGUCGCAUAAAAGCACAGCGACGUCGACUGUCGGUGGCACACUCCGGCGUCACCAUGAGAUCGCCGCGCGUCUUGUGCAGGAGUCGCUGAUGGCGCAUCGCACGCUGCAGGUACUGCGACUCGAGCAGCGUGACCUCGUCAAGCGCCGUGACGAGCUGAAGGAGCUAGUGAGGCGCUACAAGAAGGCCUCCAAGUACAAGGAUUUUAUCAAGGCCGCUAAGCAGGACAUUGCCAUAUUGACGGAGGACCACCGCGAUGCACACCUGGAGAUGCGCUGCAACGAGAAACUGCUUGUGAUGAGCGACGCAAUGUUGGACACCGGUCUCGGCGAUCGACGGCUGCUGGAGGAGGUUCGAUCUCAGAACGCGCUGACGCAGCGCCGACGCGAGCACGCGCUGCGUGACGCCGAUAGCGCACAGCGCGUGCGGGAUGCCGCAGCGCAGCGGGUGGGGGAGCUGAUGUGGGAGCUGGAAAAGCGUCGCCAAUGGGCAGCAGGGGGAAGCCACGCGGAGACACAUCAGCUGCACUUGGUUAAUCAGGCCAAAAGGCAUCGUAUUCAGGAGCUUCGCAGACAGCUGCAGCAGCUGCAGCAAGGGUUCGGGGAGGUCAGAGGCGCAAAGGAUGCUCACUUGAGGCAGGACCACGCAUCAACACAGAAAUACCACGUCCAGCAUUGUCACAACAAGAGUGAUGACGCCGAGCGGGAGUAUCUUAAAAAGCGCAUUGAUGAGAUGCGUUGUGAACUGGAUACUAUUGCAAGUGGACUUGCUCGCGUCGAGGACUUGCAGAAGGCGUCCAGCGGCAGUGCGGCUAGUCUGACUAGCAAUCCAGAGUCAGGAGCUCCGUUGCCACACUCUGAGGCAUCUGGAAAGGGACUUCCGGCGUCGGGGGUGCGGUAUGAGGGUACGUCGGCUGCGACUGCUCUACAUGAGACAGGUGGUGCGUACUCGCUCGUUGGUGAGGCAGCGCAGGCAGUACCAGAGAGCGCGUACGGCGAAAUCGAUGUCACUGCGUGGCUGAACACUCAUUCUGUGAGUCAGAGCACCGGUAAUGAGGUUAUGUACGCACGGCCCAGCUCUCAUGACGCCGCCACGAUAGGAAUUGACUACACAGUGGGAAGCGGAAUGCCUGCGGUGGACUACACGGGGGAGUGGAACGAAGCACAUACUCACCCAAUAGCAACGGAAGCGGCGGCUCAUCCUGUGUCGCCGGCCUGGUUGGUUGCAGAAAGCGACGCCGGCGAUCUGAAUGUGGCGCCUGUGCAAGCCAAUAUGGCGCCGCUACCGUCGCGCUCGUACGAUGCCCUCGACGACGUCGAGGAGGACAUAAUAGAUGAAGAAGAAGUGGGCACCGAUGAUAGGCAGGUAGGACCGGCGGCCGCGCCGACGCAAGGGGAUAUAAACCUGGAUGAUGUACUCUUCCGUGCCAGCGGCCAUCUCUCGGCAAACACAGCAGCGGCACCUCCUGAGCUGGAGGCUGGUAAAAGCGACGACGGUCCAGACUGGUUGAACUUUUAA